AUGAAUAAUCAGUCAGUUGAAGAGGCCUUUUUGGUGCAUCAGCAGUUUUUCAGGGUGGAAAUGACAGCAGGUCUUCUGUCUAAACUGAUUUUUGCCAUAACAAUCUGUCUGCUUUUCGUCUAUAUCAAUAGUGUCAUGUUUCAUGCUCUACUGAGUAAGCCUGUGUUUAGAGAGCUGCCUCGAUACAUUCUGUUUGCUCACAUGCUCUGCAAUGACUCUGUCCAAUUGCUUUCGACAAUUACUUUAUAUCUUCUAACUGUGAAUUUCCAUGCAAUUCCCAAAGCUCUUUGUGCUUUUCUUUCAUUGAUUGGAACAGCAUCAUUCCGCAAUGCAGGUUUGAACCUGGCGGUAAUGUCACUUGAGCGUUAUGUGGCCAUUUGCUUUCCAUUAAGACACAGUGAGAUUGUGAACCAGAAAUCGGCAGGUGUUUCUAUCGGUAUGAUAUGGAUUUUAAGUUCAAUAAAUGUAGUAAUCGAUAUUAUUUAUGCACUGAUAGUAAGUCCAGUGUCUUUUGCAAACCCCAUGCUAUGUACUCGAGCGAGACUUGUCUUGUCACAAUGGCAAAUUGAUGUGUUUGAGGUCUUCAACUACUUUUGCUUUGUGACUGUAACAGGUAUAUUAAUUUUUAGCUAUGUCAGUGUUGUACUUGCAGCACGAUCUGCAUCAAAAAAUGACUCGGCUAAAAAGGCACAACGGACCAUAUUGUUGCAUUUUGGUCAGUUAGUUCUCUGUGUUAACUCUUUCCUUUUUGGAACUAUAGAGAGAGCCUUGUAUAUGGCCAGCAGUAGCAAGAGUUUGUUCAUUGAACUGCGAUACAUCAAUUUCCUCUUCGUUCUCCUUCUGCCUCGGUGUCUGAGUCCCCUGAUCUACGGCCUCAGAGAUGACGCUGUGCGGCCCUUAUUCCUCUACUAUGUUAGGUGCGGGUCCCGGAAGGUGAAGCCCUCUGUUAUCAUGCACUAAUGAUGUUCAGACAUUUUGAAAUUAUUUAUUUUCCAAGUAUGUUAUUAUUAAUGUUUUUCCUUAAUGUAAUAAGAAAUCGCACAUGACUUGACAGUCAAUGCUUUAUUCUGUGUUCAAUAGUCUACCAUCAUUACCUUCUAUUAAAGUGUCGUUUGAACUGUGAAUCACUUUGGAUGUAAGCAUAAGUGUAAUAUAAUGGGGUCUCAAUAUGAAGGCUUUUGAUGAAAAUGUAAGAGCCUCUAAAUAUGCAAUCGCUUAAAACGCAUUAUCAUAAAGUUUUUAAAACCUCUCA